AUGUUGUCAGUCGAAAGAAAAAGAACUGAAAAGGUUGAUUUAAUAAAACCUCUCACCAAAUACAUAAAGGAGCAAUUCAGCAAGGAGGAGGCAGCUGCCCACGAGCUUCAAAUUGCAUCAUUACAACAACAGCGUGAAGACGUUCGUAAUCUUCAAGAUAAAACAGAUACAUCAAAAGAUUUGAUAUGGAGAUACUACUCUGUAUUGCAAUCAUUAGAAUUACGUUUCCCAAUAUCUGAAUCAAAUGUUAGAAUAUAUAUCCCAUGGACAGAUACAUAUAAACAAAGAAAAUACUGUUUAUAUUCUAUCUACUAUGAGAGAGGAUCGGUUCUCUUUAAUUAUGGAUCGUUGCUUUCACAGCAAGCAGCCGGUCAGAAUCGUUCGACUGUAGACGGUAUCAAGAAGGCGUGUCAAUCGUUCCAAGCGGCAGCCGGUGUUUUCAAUCAUUUGCGUGAGUACAUCUCGUUGCACUCUGAGUGCUGCGUAUCACCGGACUUCACUGCGGAUUCGCUCGAUCUGCUCUCGACACUGAUGAUCGCACAGGCACAGGAGUGUGUCUACGAGAAGGCGGUGGCAGACAACCUCUCGGAUUCCAUUCAAUCGAAGCUCGCCAUACAGGUGUCGGACUACUACGAUGCCGUCUACCAGCUAUCAAACUCGAACGCACUGAAAUCCGUUGUGGAUCGUUACUGGUCGAGUGUAUGCUACACCAAGGUAUUCAUUUACCGCGCCAUCGCCAACUACAAGUGCGCCAUCGGACUGGAGGCAACCGCUCAAUUCGGUGAACAAGUUGCCCGUCUCACCGCCGCUGUCGACAACAUCGGACUCGCUCGUCAAAACAUGCCAAAAACAGCAAUCGUCGAAUUCAGAGAGUUUUUAGAAAAGAUUGCAGCAAUUAUUACAAAGUAUUAUGAAUCAUCAAAGAAAGAUAAUGAUACCAUCUAUCAUGAUAUUGUUCCACAACCACAUAAAUUGGCACCAAUUGAAAAGAAAUCGAUUGCUAAAGCAGCACCAAUUCCAGAGUUGAUCCAACACGAUCCAUUCAUCAAUUUGAUUCCCUACGCUGUAAAAGAAGAUGCUGCCAUCUACAACGACCAAAAAGAACAACUCUUAAAGAAGGAGACUGACAAUAUCAAAUUCCAUGAUGAUACUGCUAAAUCUACUUUGGUAUCAAUGAAUUUACCGGGUGCUGUUGAAGCACUGGAAAUCGGUGUGCCAAAAGCAUUGCAAGAGAAGAUGGAUCUUGUAAAGUCUGAGCGUGGUGUCGACACGGUUAUCGAUUUGCUAAAGUCGUUGCAACAGCUGCACGAUGAGGACGAAUCGAUUUGUACUACAGCCAAGAAUAUCUUGAAUCGCGAGGAAGAAGAGGACAACAAGAUGAGCCAACAAUACGGUUCGUCAUGGUACCGUACUCCAUCGUAUACCUUGACUGCCAACUUGCGUCAGGACUUGGCAAAGUAUCAGAGUAACCUCCAACACUCUACCAAAUCCGAUUCUCACAUCAAGAAGAAGUUUGACGAUGCCAAGCCAUUGAUUGCCGCACUCGAGUCACAACACGAAGUGGUCAGUCUACUUCCAUCCAACAUUAUGCCACUCAAUCAAGUACCGGAAGUUGCCAACUUGAAGGCACUCAUCAAAACACUCGAUUCUCUCAUUGUCAACCGUGAUUCAAUCGCUGAGAAAUUAAAACAACUUUGUAAAAAUGACGAUAUCACAACUAAAUUAAUCAAUCCAAAUAAAGAUAAGAGCCAGAUAUAUAGAGAGGAAAUUGCCAAGUAUGAACCAUUGCAACAACAGUUGAACGAUAACUUUUUGAAGCAGGAACAGUUGCUCGACUCGAUUCGUACAGAGAAUGAAAAGUUUGUUAGAAGCAACUCAAAGCAGGGCAGUCAGAGAGAGGAAACCUUGCAAAAGUUUGCCAAUGCAUUCAAGACCUACAACGAACUCAAAUCGAAUCUUGGCGAGGGUAUUCAGUUCUACACCAACUUCCAAGAGAUCCUCUUGAAGUUCAAGAACAAGUGUGAGGACUUUGCCAGUGAGCGUGAGAAGGAAAAGACCGAGCUUCUCCGCCAGAUCCAGAAUGGAUCGAACCCAUAUUCGCCACCCAGUGGAUCGGCACAACAAUCCUAUCCAAACGUACAGCCACCACCCUACUCACCACAAAACAACAACACCUAUCAACCAUACGUUCCAACACCACAAUCUUUUACCGCGCCACCACCCUACCAAGGACCACCACAAACCUUCAACGCGCCACCACCUUACAAUCCACAAAAUAGAUUCCAACAACCACCAAAUAAUAAUGGUAGAUAUUUUUAA